GCAGCAUCUCGGUGCGCGGCUCACAAAGAGCUGCGGCGGCGGCCCCGCGCUCGGCCUCGCUGACGGAGCGGCGGCGGCGGGCCGGGGCGGCAGUGCACCCGCGCGGCCCCGCGCCCGCGCCAGUCUCCGGAGCAUCCGAGCGUCGCUGCGUCUCGUCGGGGGAGCCGACGGCCAGGCCGGGACCGAUCUGCGGAUGGCCCAGGGUCCCCAGGCGCCUGCAGCUUCCCGAAAGAUUUCAUCAUCAGGAGGGUUUUCGGGACCUUACCAAACCGCUAGUUUUCGUGGCUGCCCCCUGGUGACAAUGGCCGCGUGACUGCCCGCCAUGGCCCACCGGAAGCGUCAGAACGCGGCGAGCAGCAUGCUGGACCACAGGGCAAGGCCGGGCCUGGAGCCCGAGAGCGAGGAUGUGGAGCUGCCCCUGGAGGAGUACGUGCCCAAGGGCCUGGAGCUGGCGGCCCUGCGGCCCGAGAGCCCUGCGCCCGCCGAGCAGGGCGGCCACGACCACAGCCCCGACGGGGACUCGAGCUCCGACUAUGUGAACAACACCUCCGAGGAGGAGGACUAUGACGAGGGCCUCCCCGAGGAAGAGGAGGGCAUCACCUACUACAUCCGCUACUGCCCCGAGGACGACAGCUACCUGCAGGGCACGGACUGCAACGGAGACGGCUACCUCGCCCACGACGCGCACCACCUGGAAACGGACGAGUGCCAGGAGGCAGUGGAGGAGUGGACAGACCCGGCGGGCCCACAGCCGCAUGGCCGCGGGGACCAGGGCAGCCCCGGCUACCGGGAUGGCCACCUCCCCACCCCAGAGCUUGAGGCCUCUAUGCUGGAGGCCCAGGACCAGGAAGAGGGCGUCCACUACUGUCCCGGCGAAGGGGCCUACCAGGACUACUACCCCGCUGAGGCCAACGGGAACGAGGGCAGCGCAUCCCCCUACCGCCCGAGGCGCGGGGACAGGGACCUGGAGGACCAGGAGGAGGACAUCGACCAGAUCGUGGCCGAGAUCAAGAUGAGCUUGAGCACGAGCAGCAUCACCAGUGCCGGCGAGGCCAGCCCCGAGCACGCGCCGCUGCGGGCGCCCGAGCCGGGGCCCGGGGACUCCUCGGAGGCCGGCCCGCCUGCCGAGGCCAGCCGCGGCCCCAGCAGACACGAGGGCAGGCCCAAGUCCCUGAACCUCCCUCCCGAGGCCAAGCACCCCACAGACCCCCAGAGGAGCUUCAAGACCAAGGCCAGGACUCCCGAGGAGAGGCCAAAGUGGCCCCAAGAGCAGGUUUGCAAUGGCUUGGAGCAGCCGAGGAAGCAGCAGCGCUCUGAUCUCAAUGGCCCUGUUGACAAUAACAACAUUCUAGAGACAAAGAAGGUGGCAUCAUUUCCAAGUUUUGUGGCUGUUCCAGGGCCCUGUGAGCCAGAAGACCUCAUCGAUGGGAUCAUCUUUGCUGCCAACUACCUGGGCUCCACCCAGCUGCUCUCGGAGCGGAACCCAUCCAAAAACAUCAGAAUGAUGCAGGCACAGGAGGCCGUCAGCCGGGUCAAGAGGAUGCAAAAGGCUGCUAAAAUCAAGAAGAAAGCGAAUUCUGAGGGGGAUGCCCAGACGCUGACCGAAGUGGACCUCUUCAUCUCCACCCAGAGGAUCAAGGUGUUAAACGCAGACACACAGGAGACCAUGAUGGACCACGCCCUUCGCACCAUCUCCUACAUCGCAGACAUUGGGAACAUCGUGGUGCUGAUGGCCAGGCGCCGCAUGCCGCGCUCAGCCUCCCAGGACUGCAUCGAGACCACCCCCGGGGCCCAGGAGGGGAAGAAGCAGUAUAAGAUGAUCUGUCACGUGUUUGAGUCCGAGGAUGCUCAGCUCAUUGCCCAGUCCAUCGGCCAGGCCUUCAGCGUGGCCUACCAGGAGUUCCUGCGGGCCAACGGCAUCAACCCCGAGGACCUGAGCCAGAAGGAGUACAGCGACAUCAUCAACACCCAGGAGAUGUACAACGACGACCUCAUUCACUUCUCCAACUCGGAGAACUGCAAGGAGCUGCAGCUGGAGAAGCACAAGGGUGAGAUCCUGGGUGUGGUGGUGGUGGAGUCGGGCUGGGGCUCCAUCCUGCCCACCGUGAUCCUGGCCAACAUGAUGAACGGCGGUCCGGCUGCCCGCUCGGGGAAGCUGAGCAUCGGCGACCAGAUCAUGUCCAUUAACGGCACCAGCCUGGUGGGGCUGCCGCUCGCCACCUGCCAGGGCAUCAUCAAGGGUCUGAAGAACCAGACACAGGUGAAGCUCAACAUCGUCAGCUGCCCGCCAGUCACCACCGUCCUCAUCAAGCGGCCGGACCUCAAGUACCAGCUGGGCUUCAGCGUGCAGAACGGCAUCAUCUGCAGCCUCAUGCGCGGGGGCAUCGCGGAGCGGGGCGGCGUCCGCGUGGGCCACCGCAUCAUCGAGAUCAACGGGCAGAGCGUGGUGGCCACGGCCCACGAGAAGAUCGUCCAGGCGCUGUCCAACUCGGUGGGAGAGAUCCAUAUGAAGACCAUGCCUGCCGCCAUGUUCAGGCUCCUCACAGGCCAGGAGACCCCGUUGUACAUCUAGGCUGCCCGCCUGCACCCCAAGGAGCGGGAGCCGGACCCAGGACCUGACCCCUGAACCCACAGCCCACCCGAGGACACUGGCUCCUCUGAAGGGCAUGCCCUCACCACCCACUUUUUUUUUUUUUUUUGGACAAAAAGGGGUCUUUAUCCAAGGAGAGUCACAGGAACCAGUCUUUGUAGAACAGUCACGUAUUUUGCCACAUUCUGAAUUUUCUCAUUGCGACGGACAAGGGUUUGUCUGUACGUCCGUGUGGUGUGGAGCCGUGGAGGGCGAACGUGGGUGCUCCCGGAUGCAGCUGUGUAGGGAGCCCCUCGAGGACAGUGCGCUCCAGGGGGCAGCAGCGGUGUGCCCUGCCCUCAGCUGGGGCUCGGGUUCCUGCGGGGAGGGCGCCCGGCUGCCCCGAUGGCUGAGUGUGGACAGCCAGCUCUCAGGAUGGGACUGGUCACUGAAGUUGGGGGACACGUGGUUGUAUUUCCUGAGAAAGGAGACAUCCCUGAGUUGCAUAAAUGGUGAUAUCCACAACCUCAAAACUCCAUGCCUAUUUCGACAACAUCACCAUUUUGACUUUUGUUUGACAACAAACUGCUCUUCAGAUGUUAGGAAUUUCCGACGACCCGUGACCACGUCCGCCUGUCCGCUGGCCCCUGGACGCCCCCGGCAGCUUCCCACACAGGCCGGCGGCCUCGUUACAAGCUCUGUCUACACACAUGCAUCCACACGUGAGCUCCCCCCUGGGAAACCAGACCCUCCCCGGACACCUGGAGCCUGCUGUCCCCGGGGGCCGGCGAGUCCGGGUGCCGUCGCCGUGAGCAGUGUUCCAGUGCGUGUAGGUCAAGUGCAGCAUAGUCUAGAUCCGCCCCGCAGAGCUCAGCGUUCACGAUGUCAUUUUGUCCGGAAGUCUCUCUCUUUGGCCCAGGCCUUGAAGAAUACACUGUGACUUAAGAAGCCUUACCAUGCAGUAACUAAGCUCUAGGACCACUGGAUGAGGAUGACCUGUGUAUUGCAUGCAGCUGACCUUGGGAAGACUCGCUAAUACCACUAAUAAACCUGAGGUCAUGAUGGAAAGCUGUCCAUGUGGCUGGUUUGUUGACGGAGAAGUGGCUGACCAGCUUUGCUCUAACUCCGCCCCUCACAGCCCGGCUCCCAGUGGGGGCCUCCCCACCAGGUCUGAGGGCUCCAGGCACCAUCCCUGCAGGAGACAAGCUCCCGACUAAUUGGAUAAGGGAGAGUGGGAGGCUCAGGCUUCUCCUGGUUCAGAUGGGAAUCAUCUCUGGGAGAGGUGUGUGCGCGUAUAGUGCAGAAAGCCGGC